UCACUCCAUAUUCAGCCUCAGUAUGCAGCGCUCGUCGUCCUGCAUAUAUUAUGUUCAUGACGCAGCUGCAAAAAAAAUGUUCAUGUAAAAACUGCAUUCAACUUUAUAAGACGAGACGGCGGAUUUGUGUAGUUCCUUGUGUAACAUUACACGGCAUGAGCCUCCCGCCGCCGGUGUCCGCCGCGCAAGUCGGGGGCAGCGGAUGAUUACAUAUUAAUAAGCGGUGUCCCUGCUCCGCACCGAGCCCUCGUUAUUCAUGCAAAUGGGCCCAUUGUGCGGAGCCCCGGCUACAAGUGGGGAAUUUAUAAUGAGCCGUCCCGGGUCACCGGAGCCGUGAGACCGCCACAAAGACGGACGAAUGUAAAUCCCGCCGCCCGGAGCCGCCAGACCGUAGUUAAAUUCAGUUCUUUGCGGUGAAAUGGAUAUUACAGCGCAUCAAGAGAAAAAUAUAGAAGUCAUAUCAAGCACUGAGAAUCACUAGCAUGCAGGAGGGGCGAGGGACACCAUUAGACACUAUGGAUACUGGUACUGUCAAAAAACAUAAUUCGUCACUUACAGUCAACGAACAGGUGAUUGUGAUGUCUGGUCAUGAGACUAUUCGGGUGUUAGAAGUAGGUGUGGAUACGCCAACAAACCCUGAAGAGUCUGGAAAGUCUGUGGAUCCUCCAGUAACUGAAGCUUCAGUUACUAAUAAUUCAACAAGGGACACAGUGCUGUGCCAAGUGGAGAAUUCAAGUGUAGAGUCUGUAGUGAAAUCUUCAGCUGGACUAGUCUCCCCGUCUCUGCCAUCUUUUUUCACUCAUGCCUCAAACCAUCCUCAAGCGACCCUUGCGUCUUUCGCUUUACAGACUGCCCCCCAGGUCUUGACUCAGGAAAACUUAACAACGCUUUUCACAGGGGUAAUGGCUCCCACAGGAGCGGUAAGUCAACCUGUUCUUAUCCCCAUCACUAUUCCUGGUCAAGUGGCAGGUCAGCAGGGUCUGGCUGUUUGGAACUUCCCCACUGCAACGCUAGCCACCAUUCCUGGAUUAGCAGCUACUCCCCCUGCUGGUGGAAUGUUUAAACUGCCUCUAGCAAACCUGCAAGCAGCAUCAGUCUUGAAUACUGCCCUACAAACCCCGGUUCAGGCAGCUCCAGCCAUCCAGACCGUUUAUCAGGCACAGCCAGCAGUUCAGACGCAAGCUGCGCUACAGGCCGCUGUACAGCCACAGGCGGCACUGCAGGUCCCAACAGCUCUACAGGCCCAAACAGCCAUGGUGUCCAGUAAUGUAGCCAAAGCAGAACCUCAGACACAUCUCACUGUCCAGCCAGCAAGUUUCACUUUCAAUCCAGCUAUUAUCAGCGCAGCGUCAAUAGGAGGUCAAACCCAGUUACUGAACUCUCUGGCUGCAGCUCCUAUUAUUGCUAAUGCUAUUCCUGGAGUACAAGGCAUCACUAGCCAGAUUAUAACUAAUGCUCAGGGUCAGGUUAUUGGCGCACUCCCAUGGUUGUUGAACUCACCAGGGAUCACCGCAGGUGCUGCGGCAGCUGCCAUAUCCGCCCCAAAUUUUGUGCAAGCUGUAACUCCCCAGCUUCUAUUAAACGCCCAAGGACAGAUAAUUGCCACUCUGGCUAGCAGUGCCAUCCAGCAAGCAGCAGUACGGAAGCAAGCAUCCCAGGACGUACCGGCUAAGACAGAGCAUCAGCCUGUCCAGCAAAUCCAACCUGCUCCUACUAUAACACAGCCAUCAGUGGUUGUCACAAAUCCUUCUCCAGCCAACACAUCUACUUCUACGCAAGUCCAUGUCAGCUGUCCAGAGCCCCCAACUGUAGGCCAGCUUGUGUCAAAGUCACACUCUGGAACCUACGACGAGGAUGGCAUAAACUUGGAAGAAAUCCGUGAAUUUGCUAAGGAUUUUAAGAUCCGACGUUUAUCCCUUGGUCUGACGCAGACACAGGUGGGUCAAGCACUGACUGCCACAGAAGGACCAGCAUACAGUCAGUCUGCCAUCUGCCGGUUUGAAAAGCUGGACAUAACACCGAAGAGUGCCCAGAAACUGAAACCAGUCCUAGAGAAAUGGUUAAAUGAGGCAGAAAUGAGAAACCAGGAGGGACAACAAAAUUUGAUGGAAUUUGUAGGUGGUGAACCAUCAAAGAAGCGGAAAAGGCGCACAUCUUUUACACCUCAAGCUGUGGAGGCCCUAAACACUUACUUUGAGAAGAAUGCCCUGCCCACUGGCCAGGAGAUCACAGAUAUUGCUAAGGAGUUGAACUAUGACCGUGAAGUGGUGAGGGUAUGGUUUUGUAACAGACGCCAGACUCUCAAAAACACCAGCAAGCUUAACAUCUUUCAGAUCCCCUAAGGGAGAUGACGACCUCUACCACCACUAUGUCGGCAGUACUUCAUCCUCCCCACAUAUGGUUGUGACAUUCAUCUGCGAAGCACUUUUGUGGCUGUAUAUAUGCUUUAUCCAUACUAUGGGCAGCCGUUCUACUUCCCUUGCCCCAUGUUUUUAUAUGACAGAAGCCUAAUGUGGUAAAAGCCAUCACAGCCCAGUCUAUCUUUUGACAUGUUACACACGUUUGAUACCAUAAAGCCAGAUUGAUUCCCUAUACAGUGAGACAGGAAUUGUGGACGUCUUUUACAAACUUACCCAUAAUUGUUGCUGAAGUUGAUGUGUGAUUAUGUGGAGUGCCACAUUCAGCUUUGUGUAUGUACAGUAUAUUCCUGAUCCAAGUCCUGGGACGCUAACAAACAUUUUUUUUAAUACCAGAAACCUUUGAUUUACCCGUUUACUCAUUUACAUAUUGACAUCAUCAUGCUGUGGAUUUCAUUCUAUUGCAUCAUUUUGUUUUAUGUAUUAUUCUAUGUAUUUAUUACUUUUUAAUAUUUUUUUUAACUGCAGCAUAUUCAACUUAAAAGGGUUGGCCGGGACUUAACGUAUUUUUCACCCUAUAAGACGCACCGGCCUAUAAGACGCACCUAGGUUUUAAAGGAAGACAAUAAGAAAAAAAGAUUUUUCAUUAGACCUCAGGUCA